AUGUUGACAUGUUGUAAAGGAAGCUGCAAUGCAGCAAAGAGCAAUGAUUGGCGUUAUCCAACAGUGCUUUUGUGUGCCUUUGGGUUUUUCUCAAUGAUGAGACCUUCAGAGCCUUUUUUAACACCAUACCUUGUUGGACCGGUGAAAAACUUAACAACUAAACAGGUUACUAAUGAAAUGCUUCCAGUUUGGACAUAUUCUUACUUGGCAAUGCUAUUUCCAGUCUUUGUGGUCACAGAUUAUCUAAGAUAUAAACCGAUCAUAGUUUUGCAAGGGCUCAGUUAUAUUACCACUUGGAUAAUGCUCCUGUUUGCACAAGGAAUCCUGGCCAUGCAGUUUUUAGAAUUCUUCUUUGGGACUGCAUCUGCUGCAGAAGUGGCCUAUUACGCCUAUAUUUAUAGUGUUGUUAGUUCUGAGCAUUAUCAAAAAGUGACCAGUUAUUGUCGAAGUGUCACAUUAAUUGCGUACACACUGGGUUCUAUUCUGGGUCAAAUUUUAGUCUCUGUUUGGAAUGUCCCUUAUUUCUAUCUAAAUGUGAUUGCACUGGUUUCAGUAUCUGUAGCCUUCCUUUCUACAAUUCCCCUGCCAAUGCCCAAAAGAAGCAUGUUCUUCCACAGGAAAAGGACUGCAAAGAUCCCAUCAAUGGAAAAUGACAAGCCGAAGUCUGAAAAUAGUAGUCCCCAAAACAACCCUGAUAUAACAAACUGCUCACAAUUACCCAUAAUGUCGGAUGGAGAUGAAGACCUGGAGAAAGUGGAAAAGAAUGCAAUAGUGGUCCUAGCCAAACUGUGGUCUGAUUUCAAAGAGUGCUACUCCUCCCCUCGAAUCUUCUACUGGUCUAUCUGGUGGGCUUUGGCCACCUGUGGAUAUAACCAAGUUAUAAAUUACAUACAACUCCUAUGGGAUCACGUUGAACCAUCCCAAAAUUCCACAGUUUAUAACGGUGGUGUGGAAGCAGUGUCAACUUUUGUGAGUGCUGGUACAUCUUUUGCCGUGGGCUAUAUAAACUUGGACUGGUCAAUCUGGGGAGAAAUUGCACUGGGCAUCUUUUCAACAGUGAAUAGCGGUGCUUUAUUUGCCAUCGACCUGUCAAACAAUAUCUGGAUUUGUUAUGGUGGAUAUGUUGUGUUCAAAGCCACGUACAUGUUACUGAUUACCAUAGCAACGUUUCAAAUAGCAGUUAACCUGAGCAUUGAGCGUUAUGCUCUUUUGUUCGGAAUAAAUACCUUUGUAGCCCUCCUACUUCAGACCAUUCUGACUUUUAUCGUUGUUGAUUCGAGGGGCCUUGGCUUGGAUAUUAUUACCCAGUUCCUCAUUUAUGGAAGUUAUUUUGCAGCAAUAUCAGGACUUUUCUUCAUCAGAGGGAUUUAUACAUUAAUUCAACAUGGGCAGAAAAGAAAGAAGCAAAUAGCACCAGAGAUCAAAGGAAAUACUGCAAUCCCUGAAGACGAGAAAGGAAAGGCAGAAGAGUUUUGAAGAUUUGAAAAAGAAACAAAAAUAGAAUUGACUUUUGCUAUUACAAUUCCUUGUUGUAUUUCAUUGG